CUCAAAACGGCCGGCAGGUGGCGCCCGACCUGGAGUUGUUGGCAGCGCUCUGAGGACCAGGUGGACUGGAAGGGGCGGAGGUAAUCAGCAGCGGCCAGUGGUGGCUGCCCGCAGUACCCCGCCCCCUCCACGCAAAGCUCGCGACACGCGCGCUUGGAGAGGAGGACACGAGCGGCGGGGCUAGCUGUCUUCUGAUCUCGGGCACCGCUCCCAUCUGUUCUAUCAGGACUCCGCGUGUUCCCCGCCGCGCUCAGCUCCCCGUCGGCCACCAUGGAGGCACAGGCACAAGGCUUGUUGGAGACGGAACCACUGCAAGGAAGAGAUGAGGAUGCAAUAGCCAGUGCUGACUUCUCUAGCAUGCUCUCUGAGGAGGAGAAGGAAGAGUUAAAGGCAGAAUUAGUUCAGCUAGAAGACGAAAUUACGACACUGCGACAAGUUUUGUCAGCGAAAGAAAGACAUUUGGUUGAGAUCAAACAGAAGCUUGGCAUGAGUCUGAUGAACGAGCUGAAGCAGAACUUCAGCAGGGGUUGGCAUGACGUGCAGACCACCACUGCCUACAAGAAAACGCAUGAAACCCUGAGCCACGCAGGGCAGAAGGCCACAGCAGCUUUCAGUAACGUGGGAACUGCCAUCAGCAAGAAGUUUGGAGAUAUGAGGUCUCACUCGAUUGGGUACUCCAUUCGCCACUCCAUAAGUAUGCCUGCCAUGAGGAAUUCUCCUACUUUCAAAUCAUUUGAGGAGAGGGUUGAGACAACUGUCACAAGCCUCAAGACGAAAGUAGGUGGGACAAACCACAGUGGAGGCAGUUUUGAGGAGGUCCUGAACUCCACAGCACAUGCCAGCUCCCAGAAUGCUUCAGGAGGUUCCCGGCAGACCAAGGAUGAGGAGCUGCAAUGCUAGAUCCAGCCAGCCUGAGCUGCUGCCAGCCAAUAUGC